UUUAGAUGUUACCCUAAAAGAAACCCUAAUAUGAAUUAUUAGGCGUGUAGAAUCCUGAAAAAGAGCAGUUCAUCAAAUUCAUUUAAUUCGACCAUUUGGAUAUCAAGGGGAUAAUAUUCCUGAUAAGUCCUUUGGGAACAUGCAUUUUAUUAUAAGUAAUGAAUUGUUGAAUGUUUACUUAGAUUUUGGGUUUUUCAUAUCUAAUACAAUUCAUAAGUACUGUAUUGCAUAUAUCGAUUAUCACCAUAAUCUUUGCGACGUGUAUUUUGGAUUAAAUACUAAGACAUGAUGAUGUAAGAUUUGAAUGUAAUUAAAAAAGGGCACGAAAGAAAUGAAAAAAAUAGCAUAUUCAAUAGAGGAGGGAGCAGAAGGUUUUUUCAAGGCAUAAUAUGGCACAAUCUUCAAUUUGAGUUUAAUAUUCGCAUUGUUAAUAUUUUUGGUAUAUUGGUAAAAGGGAUCAGGAGAAUUGGAGAAGGAUGAGAUACCAGUAGGAGGAUUAAUAAUAGGAUUGUUAGAGGGAGGAUCAUUUUUAUUUGGGGCAUUAUGCUCUGGAUUUGCCGGAUUUGCUGGAAUGUGGGUUAGCAUUAAAGCUAAUUCUAGAGUUGCAAGUGCAGCAAGAACUUGUUAUAAUAAAGCAAUAUAGUUAUCAUUUAGAGGGGGUUAUUUUGCUGCAGUAAUCAAUAUAGCUUUAGCAAUAUUUGGGAUAAGUGUCUUAUUCUUGGUGAUAUACUUUUAUUGUUAUAUAACAAUAUCAGAUCAAUAGAAACUAAAUGAAUAAAUAGAUAAAAUACCAUUAUUGUUGAUAGGAUAUGGAUUUGGUGCUUCAUUUGUAGCUAUGUUUGCAUAAUUGGGAGGUGGAAUCUAUACAAAAGCUGCUGAUGUUGGAGCAGAUUUGAUAGGCAAAAUAGAGAAUGAUAUACCCGAAGAUGAUCCUAGGAAUCCUGCAGUGAUUGCUGAUCUUGUUGGUGAUAAUGUGGGUGACUGUGCUGGUUAAAGUGCAGAUCUGUUUGAAUCUAUCACAGCUGAAAUUUUGAGUGCUAUGAUAUUGGGAGCAACAUUGACACAUGAAGCAAAUCUUCAUAUCAAUUAUAAAGUUACCUUCAUGCUUUUCCCUUUGGUAGUACAUUGUUUAGACAUUAUAUCAUCUACAAUUGGAAUGUAUUUUGUACGCACUUAACCAGGAAUUCCAAAUAAAUAUAUUGAAGAUCCUUUGUGUAUAAUGAAGAAGGGGUAUAGAAUAGCUAUGAUAAUUGGAUUCUUUGGGUUCUUUUUCAUAUGUCAUCAUUGUUUAAAUCCUUUGUAACACAAAGAUGCAUGGCUCUACUUUGGAAUGUGUGGACUAAUCGGAAUCAUCGUCUCUUAUUUGUUUAUUGAAGUAACCUAAUAUUACACGGAUUAUCAUUAUGAGCCAGUUAAAAGAAUAGCAUAAGCAAGUAAAACAGGUCAUGCCACCAACAUCAUAGCUGGAUUAAGUGUGGGAAUGGAAUCCACUGGCAUCCCAAUACUUAUUAUUAGUGUAGGUGUUUUGGGAGCAUACUAUUUAGGAGAGUAGAGUGGUAUCAAGAAUCAUUAAGGUGAAUUGAUCGGAGGAUUGUUUGGAACUGCAAUUGCAACUAUGGGUAUGUUUUGUACUGGAGUCUACAUAUUAUCAAUGGCAGCUUUUGGACCUAUAGCUGAUAAUGCUGGAGGUAUAGUUGAAAUGAGUGGUUGUGAUGAAUAAGUGCGUUAGAUUACAGAUAGACUGGAUGCAGUUGGAAAUGUUACUAAAGCUAAUGCCAAGGGAUACUCAGUUGGUUCAGCCUCUUUGGCUUCUUUCUUGUUGUUUAGAGCAUUUAUAGACGAGGUCAAUUUCUUGUCACCUACUAAGAAGAUAUUGGAUAUUGAUAUCACAUAACCCGAGAUAUUCAUAUCUGGCUUGAUAGGAGCUUGCACAGUAUUUGUAUUCAGCAGUUGGGCUUUGAGAGCAGUCGGAAAUGCAGCACAAGAUGUUAUUAAGGAAGUUCGCAGAUAGUUUAGAGAAAAUGAAGGUAUAUUGUAAGGUACAGCGUAACCAAAUUAUAAAUAAUGUGUGGAGAUUGUUACCAAAGCUGGAUUAAGGGAAAUGAUCAAACCUGGAUUACUGAGUGUCUUAACUCCGUUAAUUUUGGGGAUUGCAUUAAGAGCAAUCAAUGUUGUGAGGAUGUAAGAGUUACUACCAGCUAAAGCCAUUUGUGCUUUCUUGAUGUUUUCUACUUGUACUGGAAUUCUGUAGGCUUUAUUCUUAAAUAAUGCAGGAGGGGCUUGGGACAAUAGCAAGAAGUAUAUAGAGACAGGAGAAUUGGGAGGGAAAGGAAGUGAGACUCAUAAGGCAGCUGUAACAGGGGUAAUAGUGGAUGAUUUCUAUAUUGUAGGAUACGGUUGGAGAUCCAUGCAAGGACACAGCAGGGCCAUCCAUUCAUAUCUUAAUUAAAUUAUAUUCUACUAUCACGAUAGUAAUGGUUCCAUUAUUUGUGGAUUGA